UUGGAUCAAAUCUGCUUGAAAGAAACACAAUUUUAAUUAACAUUGAUUUCGGUUUCUCUAUCCACCAAAAGAAGAGUUCAAGUAAUUCUAAAGCGUUUUCUCAAGUUUCCCAGCCGUAUGUAACGUACAAAAAGAGAUAUCCGCGGAGAAGAAGAAGAAGAAGAAGAAGAAGAAGAAGAAGAAGAAGAAGAAGAAGAAGAAGAAGAGGAAGAAGAAGAAGAAGAGGAAGAAGAAGAAGAAGAAGAAAAUUGUCACAUGGGCGUCCGAGGCUAGCAACUGUUUUCUAGGUUGUUCAAUGAUUAUUGACCAAAACAAAACUAGGAUAUAGUACAUGACAUACAAACAUUUCAUUUCGUUGAUUUUGAGAAAUUUUAGUCUACAUUUACUGUUUUCUAAGCGUGCAAAAAAGAUGACCACGCCCCCACAACGCUCUGAAACUCGGGCAAUCCUUACAUACAGGGUACUACCAUACCCUGUGCUAGGAGGGAACAGCAACCAUAUAGUCAGUUUAUCACAUCUGAAAGCACUCUGCUUGGAACACAGUAGGUGCAUAGGGUGCCACUUUGUAGUUGAUCAAACCAGGGUAAGCUAAGAUUGUGAUUCCAUAUAUGGUGUUAGAUCUACUACUAUUAAAGUAGUAGGAUCUUGUGGUUACAAGGAUUGGUUACAGCUUAUCUCUACUAUUAAAUCCAAGCCAGUGACAAGGUCAUCAGAGAUGUGCAGUCCCAUUGUUCUUUGUCAACCUACUGGAACUGCCAAAACAUUGAAAUGUAACAAAGUUUAGACUUGACUGGGUGUCCUAAACAAUGCUAAUUAGUAUAGUAUUAGUUAAAAUUGACGUUUGUUGUACGUAUACGUACACACCUUUUGCUGUUUGUUGUGUGGGUACUGAGUGAGAUCUUGGUUACUAUUCUCUGAACUCAUCUAAUACAAUGUACAGUGUUAAUCUCAUAGAUGCAGGAUCCAGAAGCUGACCUCACAGUAGCUGAUUAUACCCUGGUAUACAUGACAAGUGUGAUUACCAACUGUGUGUGUAUAGACUGAGUACCACAUGAGUAGCUCUCAAGACAACAAUUAGAUUCUAGACAUCAACCACAGCAUGUCUGAUAAAGUAUUUUUUGAAUACAUAGUGCUCUCAGUGGUUGCCAUUGACCACACCAUUUAAUACCAUAUGUCUUUCACAAUCUCAGAGGUACAUUGCAGGAUGUUUACCUAGUAAGUGACCUAUUUGUUGAUGUGUUGAUUCAUGAUGCCAUGGUUUAGACACACCCUGUUAAUAUGGAUAGGGCUCUCACAAAUUUGUCACCAAGGUAUAUUUAUAUCCAAAAACACCCCCACUUUCCCAUGAUUUGGUGGACUGCUGCAGAGACUAGCAAGCUAUCCAGAACUAAGGGCACUUUUAUCAAGUUAUCUUGCGUACAACAUGUACACCAGACCCACUAUCAACAGAGUGGUGUACUGGUGACUGGUAUUGCAGUAGCGGCACUGGAAGUCUAAACAGUCCAGAUGAAAGCACUUCAAUUGCAAGGAAUGUCUUGUGUUGACAUAGUCUGAUCUAUUGUUUAACUAGAGCUUUCUAUUGACUCAAGAACACAAGAAUGCCACAGUUCACGUGUUUUCUCAUGUACUGUUGUUGUUCUGAGUCUCAUAUAUUGGUGUUUUGAUAGGGAACCAGUCAAGAACUUUUGGAACUCAACUGUGAUGAGAUUUCUGCUCCGCUUGCUGAAACAUGUGGAUCAGUUCUGACAAGGAAGCUUCACCUCAUUGCACUUCUAGUUGUUCUGAUCAGUACGUAUAUCAACACAGUGUAGUGACCGUGAUGUUUAUGUAAGUUUCUGUAUAGAAAAGUACUAAAUUUUAGUUGCAGUUGAUUGCUGUCUAGUUACUACAUCACCCUACAUUAGACUAUUUGUGACUUAUGAUUAUCUAUUGUAAUUGGAUACCGUGCGGUUUCUGCAGUGCUCCAAACUAGGACAUAUCCAACGCUGACGUCAUCUUGGUGCUCCGCUAAUUCUCAUGGGCUAACCAUACUUCCGGCACUCUUAUCUAACUUAUCUAAGUAGGAGCCAGAUGUAUGUAAACAGAUAGGUCACCCGCAAGCUUCUAAAUCCAAAUACUUAUAGGCAGGAGCCAUUCGCUGUUUCGUAGUACGUUGAAUGCGGAGGGGAGUGGGAGCCAGUGUUUGUCGUCGCUGUUUGGAAGACGGAUCAGCAUUGGAAGUACCAGAAUCUCAGAUCUAGGAACUGUGGUCUUUGUGGGGUAGUGUGAAACCUGGGAAAUUUGUUGUCUCGUAGUUCUUUGUCGAUUACUGAAUCGUUUGCGGAGUGUAUCUGCAUACGUUGAGCAUGCACAAGACCAACGUGCACGACGCAGAGAGGCGUCUGGACGCCACUAUCAACCACCUGAAAAUGCAAUUGGCUGAAUUACGAGAUGAAGACGUUCACAUAGCUAAUCGCAUCAAACGGCUUACGAAGACCGUCGAUGAACUGGAGGAGGAGUAUGACAAGCACUUUUCGUGGUGCACGUCCCCGGGGUUGUCGACGUGCGAGCCAAAUAACUGCUUUGCUGGUUGUGCUUCGGCACUUGCUCCUGCAGUCACCGACUGUGUUGUAAAAGCAGCCUCUACCUCAAAACUGAGAUCUUACUACGAAUCAUCGCUUGACAGCGCAUUCGAUGUGAACAGGGACGAACGAAGCUCCACUCCGGAUCCGUCGUCUCUGUGUUCGCGUCGUAGUGUGCCGGCUAUGUACGAAUCAGUAUCCAAAUCGAAGUCCUUCGAGUUCUCACGUGCGUGUCCGAAUGACUCGGAAGUCGCCCCGUUUCCGAGCGGUAGGAAAUUGGGCAUGAGCAACUCGCCAAAGACAACUCGCACUGUAUCUCGAGGUUACGAGAGAGCAAUGUUGACUGAUUCCAAACAUUCGAACUUAACAGGAAAAACAGCAGAGCCGCGAAGAGAACCGCAGUCCCCUUCCACUAGCAGUGGAAGCAUAAAGAAGAGACAUUCUUUUGAUAUACUGCGUUUUGCUGAUGAGUCUGAUUCUCCAGGUCCAGGCACUACGUCUUCCUUACCCAGAAAUCCGAGGCUUGGGUCAGAAUCAUACGUUGGUGUUCCAAAUAUAGUUUACUCUCCUCAACUAAACACUUCUCAUGAAGAACGCACAAAUGGGUUGAAUGAAGGAAAUUCAAGGGAAUUUUUGGGGACUCCAGCAAUACCAUCCUCCAACUCCCUACCUAUCAUCCGGUCUGCAUCCACAGGAAAAAUGGGUACUCAACACAUAAAGGCAAGCAGUGCUAGCCCAAAGGAGAAACGAAUCGCACAAACACUUCCAAGAAACAGCAUUCAUCCACGCGAUAUCUUAGAACGAAAGAGUGAGAGCCCAGUUGUGUCUACCCGGAGGCAUGAGAUUUUGUCACAGAGCAGUCGUGUCUGCCAAAGUUUGCCACGUGGAAUGAAUCCAAAGAUGCUUCGGAUGUUCAGCAGUGCAGAGAAAGAGGAAGACCCUUAUGAGGAUUUCCAGAAGCACCAGAACUAUGCUCAACGUUCAAAGAGCUACGAAGAUCUCGAUAAAUAUGUUGGUGAACCAGAAGGAAUAAGAUCACGAGGAAGAGAAAGCAGCAAACGCUGGAAACUUCCUUUCUUUAGCAAAGGGAAAAGUCGUGAUCGCCAGUCAAAUUGCUAACACUGGUGACUAUAAAACAGUGGUAGAGUGUUAUACAUGUAGACGUAAGGUAUUAGGAGUCUUAGUUGUGGUAGAUGGACAGUAAGUUGACAGUAGGAAAGAAUGGAUAACAUGUACAUGUAAAAACAAGUAUGUGGCGAUGGCUGCA